CAGGGCCCAUGGCGGACACCCAGUACAUCCUGCCCAGCGACAUUGGCGUGUCCAGCCUGGACUGCCGAGAGGCCUUCCGCCUGCUGUCGCCCACAGAGCGCCUCUAUGCCCACCACCUGUCUCGGGCCGCCUGGUACGGAGGCCUGGCUGUUUUGCUGCAGACCUCCCCCGAGGCCCCCUACAUCUAUGCCCUGCUCAGCCGCCUCUUCCGUGCCCAGGACCCUGACCAGCUGCGCCAGCAUGCCCUGGCCGAGGGCCUCACUGAGGAGGAGUAUCAGGCGUUCCUGGUCUACACCGCCGGUGUCUACUCCAAUAUGGGUAAUUACAAGUCCUUUGGCGACACCAAGUUUGUUCCCAACUUACCCAAGGAGAAGCUGGAGCGUGUGGUCCUGGGAAGUGAGGCCGCCCGGCAGCACCCGGAAGAAGUGAGGAGCCUCUGGCAGACCUGUGGGGACCUCAUGUUCUCCCUGGAGCCCAGGCUCCGACACCUGGGCCUGGGGGAGGCGGGAGUUACCACCUAUUUCUCUGGAGAUUGUACCAUGGAGGAUGCCAAGCUAGCCCAAGACUUUCUGGACUCACAGAACCUCAGUGCCUACAACACCCGGCUCUUCAAGGAGCUUGGCCAGGAUGGGAAACCGCGCUACGAGGUGCGGCUGGCCUCCGUGCUGCGCACAGAGCCUGCUUUGGACUCGGAAGUGGCUUCCAAGCUGAAGGGCUACGAAUUCCAGGGGAGCCAUUUCCAGGUGACCCGGGGGGACUACGCACCCAUCCUCCAGAAGGUAGUGGAGCACCUGGAGAAAGCCAAGGCCUAUGCAGCCAACAGCCGCCAGGAGCAGAUGCUGGCCCAGUACGCGGAGAGCUUCACUCAGGGCUCCAUUGAGGCCCACAAGAGGGCCUCGCGCUCCUGGAUCCAGGACAGAGAUCUGUUUGACCAGCUGCCCUCGGUUUAUUUCCCCGUCACCGCUGGCCGGACUUCUCGGAUGCUCUCCCUCUGCUGUCUCCAUCACCCUGUCUCCCUGGCCUGGUGUGAGGAGGGCGCUUUCAGACAGGAAGGCUUUGUUGCGCCUGACCCUUGGCCAGGCUUCGUGGCCAUGGUGAACAAGGCCAUGAGUGCCAAGUUCGAGUGUCUGGUGGCGAGCGCAGAGCAGCUGCUGAAGGAGCUGCCCUGGCCCCCGGCCUUCGAGAAGGACAAGUUCCUCACGCCGGACUUCACCUCCCUGGAUGUGCUCACCUUCGCUGGCUCGGGCAUCCCUGCUGGCAUCAACAUCCCCAACUACGACGACCUGAGGCAGACGGAAGGCUUUAAGAACGUGUCGCUGGGGAACGUGCUGGCCGUGGCCUACGCCACCAAGCGGGAGAAGCUCACCUUCCUGGAGGAGGAUGACAAGGACCUGUACAUCCGCUGGAAGGGGCCCUCCUUUGACGUGCAGGUGGGGCUGCACGAGCUGCUGGGCCACGGCAGCGGGAAGCUCUUCGUGCAGGAUGAGAAAGGAGCGUUCAACUUUGACCAGGAGACGGUGAUCAAUCCAGAGACGGGCGAGCAGAUUCAGAGCUGGUACCGGAGCGGGGAGACCUGGGACAGCAAGUUCAGCACCAUCGCCUCCAGCUACGAGGAGUGCCGGGCAGAGAGCGUGGGCCUCUACCUCUGCCUCAAUCCCCACGUGCUGGAGAUCUUUGGCUUCAAGGGCGCCGACGCGGAGGACGUGAUCUAUGUGAACUGGCUCAAUAUGGUUCGGGCUGGGCUCCUGGCUUUGGAGUUCUACACGCCCCAGGCCUCCAACUGGAGACAGGCCCACAUGCAGGCCCGGUUUGUGAUCCUGAGGGUCUUGCUGGAAGCCGGCGAGGGACUCGUUACCGUCACCCCCACCACAGGAGCCGACGGGCGCCCUGACGCCCGCGUCCGCCUUGACCGUAGCAAGAUCCGGUCUGUGGGCAAGCCCGCGCUGGAGCGGUUCCUGCGCAAGCUGCAGGUGCUGAAGUCCACGGGAGACGUAGCCGGCGGCCGGGCCCUGUAUGAGGGGUACGCGGCCGUCACCGAUGCACCCCCCGAGUGCUUCCUCACCCUCAGGGACACCGUGCUGCUCCGCAAGGAAUCUCGGAAGCUCAUCGUCCAGCCCAACACCCGCCUGGAAGGUAAAAGACUCCUGAGCGCUCUGGGAGCAGCCCGCGGGGACCACAAGGGGGUGCGGGAUGGAGGGGGGGGCUCCCGGCAGUGGCCCCCGCAUGCUCCCUGGUGGCCAUGGGCACCCCAGGCCAAACCUCAGCCUCUGCCAGCACUGUGCCACCUCGCGUGCCAGGCUCGAGCACUAGUAGGAGCUUUGGGCCCAGCACCUCGCUCCCCGCUCACCCCUCGGGUGAGGUGCCUAGACAGGCGGUACCACGCCGUGCUAGAGGUGAUCGGGCUGCCCUGUGCCCCUGGCCGGGUCACUGACCCCCCUGGCUCCGUGUCUCCGCUGAUGGGCCAGUGCUGA